AUGCCUCGAUCGGACGGCCCACGGCAUCUGCACUUGCGCCUGAGACACCAGUGCGCCAAGGCGGGAUCGGUCGAGAGUGCGGCCCGUCUCGUGGAUCCGCACGCCGUCGUUUGGCUCGUCGCGUUCGUGACCCCAGCCCGUCGCCUUCGCUCCGCCCGUCGCCUUCACUUCCCCCCCGUCGCCUUCACUUCUUCCCCGUCACCUUCCCUCCCCCCCCUCACCCCCCUCUUCCCCCGCCUUCAUUUCCCCUUCCCGUCGCCUUCACUUCCUCCUCCCUUCGCCUUCACUUCCUCCUCCCUUUGCCUUCACUUCCUCCUCCCUUCGCCUUCACUUCCUCCUUCCUUCGCCUUCACUUCCUCCUUCCUUCGCCUUCACUCCCCCCUCCCGUCGCCUUCAUUUCCCCCUCCCGUCGCCUUCAUUUCCCCCUCCCGUCGCCUUCAUUUCCCCCUCCCGUCGCCUUCAUUUCCCCCUCCUGUCGCCUUCAUUUCCCCCUCCCGUCGCCUUCAUUUCCCCAUUCACGCUCUCUUUCCCUCCCUUCCGCCCGUUGCCCCCCUUCGUCUCGUCGCCCUCCCUGCCGCUCGUCACCCUCGCUCCCACUUGUCCCCUCGCAAUCCCCGUCUCUCUCUCCCCCCGUCGCCCUCGGUUUCCCCGUCGCCCUCCCUUCCACUCCUCGUUGCCCUCGCCAUCCCUCCCUUCUCCCUUCCCAUCUCGCACACUUGUCACUCCCCCUUUCCAACCCACACACACACCCUUUCCUUCUUCCCUGUUCCCCCCCAUCUCCAUCCCUGCUUCCCCCCAUCUCCAUCCCUGCUUCCGCCCAUCUCCAUCCCUGCUUCUCCCCAUCUCCAUCCCUGCUUCCCCCCAUCUCCAUCCCUGCUUCCCCCCAUCUCCAUCCCUGCUUCCCCCCAUCUCCAUCCCUGCUUCCCCCCAUCUCCAUCCCUGCUUCCCCCCAUCUCCAUCCCUGCUUCCCCCCAUCUCCAUCCCUGCUUCCCCCCAUCUCCAUCCCUGCUUCCCCCCAUCUCCAUCCCUGCUUCCCCCCAUCUCCAUCCCUGCUUCCCCCCAUCUCCAUCCCUGCUUCCCCCCAUCUCCAUCCCUGCUUCCCCCCAUCUCCAUCCCUGCUUCCCCCCAUCUCCAUCCCUGCUUCCCCCCAUCUCCAUCCUUGCUUCCCCCCAUCUCCAUCCCUGCUUCCCCCCAUCUCCAUCCCUGCUUCCCCCCAUCCCCAUCCCUGCUUCCCCCCAUCUCCAUCCCUGCUUCCCCCCAUCUCCAUCCCUGCUUCCCCCCAUCCCAUCCCUGCUUCCCCCAUCUCCAUCCCUGCUUCCCCCCAUCUCCAUCCCUGCUUCCCCCCAUCUCCAUCCCUGCUUCCCCCCAUCUCCAUCCCUGCUUCCCCCCAUCUCCAUCCCUGCUUCCCCCCAUCUCCAUCCCUGCUUCCCCCCAUCUCCAUCCCUGCUUCCCCCCAUCUCCAUCCCUGCUUCCCCCCAUCUCCAUCCUUGCUUCCCCCCAUCUCCAUCCCUGCUUCCCCCCAUCUCCAUCCCUGCUUCCCCCCAUCCCCAUCCCUGCUUCCCCCCAUCUCCAUCCCUGCUUCCCCCCAUCUCCAUCCCUGCUUCCCCCCAUCCCCAUCCCUGCUUCCCCCCAUCUCCAUCCCUGCUUCCCCCCAUCUCCAUCCCUGCUUCCCCCCAUCUCCAUCCCUGCUUCCCUCCUUCCGCCCGUCCCCUCCCCUGCCUCCCCCCCUCCCCAUCCCUGCUUCCCCCCAUCCCCAUCCCUCCUUCCGCCCGUGCCCUCCCCUGCCUCCCUUCACUCACCACCAUACCCCCAAAUGCAGUUACAGGUGCCCAGCACCAGAUGUGGCUGUACCACGGCCUGGAUUAUAGCUUGCAGUGUAGCAGUCAAAACCGGGAAGCAACAUUGCACGCACACCCCCCAGCAUUGUUCCCUACUCGAGUGGAGUGA